UUGCACAGUAGUGGUGAUAUUCGCUGCGUGUUUUCAAGAUGUCUGGACGUGGAAAGGGCGGUAAGGGGCUGGGGAAAGGUGGUGCUAAGAGGCAUCGCAAAGUGCUGCGGGAUAACAUCCAGGGCAUUACGAAGCCUGCGAUCCGCCGUUUGGCUCGCCGCGGCGGGGUGAAGCGCAUCUCGGGGCUGAUCUACGAGGAGACCCGCGGGGUGCUGAAGGUUUUCCUGGAGAAUGUGAUCCGGGACGCGGUGACUUACACCGAGCACGCCAAGCGGAAGACGGUGACCGCCAUGGAUGUGGUGUACGCUCUGAAACGCCAGGGGCGCACCCUGUACGGCUUCGGAGGCUGAGUCGGCUCUUAACCCCAAAAACUCAUUUAACUUUUCUAAGGUCCUUUUAAGGGCCACCCACCGGUGCACGGAAAGAGCUGGGUUUGCUCAGACUGGGCAGGGGGGAGUGUUGUGGGGUUUCUGUGUAAAUUACAGGUUUGGCUGGCUAAAUAGGUUUCUUAAA